GUCGGUGCGGCGCGAAGAUGGCGGCGGCGGCGGCGGCGGACCCCGGGGCGGCCCAGGCACCGAACUCGCUGCUGCUCGUGGUGGGCGGCGAGUGCGGGUGCUCGGGGCUGCUCACUUACGUGCUGGAGGAGCUCGAACGAGGCAUCCGCUCCUGGGACAUCGACCCUGGCAUUUGCAGCCUUGAUGAGCAGCUCAAGGUUUUUGUGUCCCGGCACUCUGCCACCUUCUCCAGCAUCGUGAAAGGCCAGCGGAGCCUGCACCACCGUGGAGACACCCUGGAGACGCUGGUGCUCCUGAACCCAUCAGACAAGUCCCUGUGCGACGAGCUCCGGAACCUUCUGCUGGACCCUGCCCCUCAUAAACUGCUGGUGUUGGCCGGGCCCUGCCUGGAGGAGACAGGGGAGUUGCUGCUCCAGACGGGGGGCUUCUCGCCCCGCCACUUCCUCCAGGUCCUAGGGGACAAAGAGAUCCGGGAUCUUCUGGCGUCUACGCCCCCACCUGCAGACCUGCCCGAGCUGACCAUCACCUGCCCAAGCUUUGGGGACUGGGCCCAGCUGGCGUCUGCGGGGCUGGGCCUCCAGGGCGCCCUGCGGCUGCGGUGGAACCCCCCCGUGCGGCUGCCGGCCUCCGCGGGCCUGCGCGAGUUCCUGGAGUACGUGGCCGAGUCGCUGGAGCCGCCGUCCCCCUUUGAGCUGCUCGAGCCGCCCGCGUCCGUGGGCUUCCUCAGGCUCGCCCGGCCCUGCUGCUAUGUCUUCCCUGGUGGCCUCGGCGAUGCCGCCUUCUUUGCCGUCAACGGCUUCACCGUGCUGGUCAACGGCGGCUCGAACCCCAAGUCGAGCUUCUGGAAGCUGGUGCGCCACCUGGACCGCGUGGACGCUGUGCUGGUGACCCACGCCGGCGCCGACAGCCUCCCGGGCCUCAACAGCCUUCUGCGGCGCAAACUGGCGGAGCGGGACGAGGCGGCGGCCGGCGGGGGCUCCGGGGAUGACCGGCUUCGCAGGCUCAUCUCCCCCAACCUGGGGGUCGUGUUCCUCAACGCCCGUGUCGCCAUCUCGCGUCUGGCGAGCGGCGAGGACGAGGCGGAGCUGGCCCUGAGCCUCUUGGCCCGGCUGGGCAUCACUCCCCUUACCCUGAACCGCGGGCCGCUCCCGGCUGAGCCCACUGUGCUCUUUCAGAAGAUGGGUGUGGGCCGCUUGGACAUGUACGUGCUGCACCCGCCCGCUGCCGGCGCGGAGCUCGCAUCCGUGUGCGCCCUGCUGGUGUGGCACCCUGCGGGCCCCACCGAGAAGGUGGUGCGCGUGCUGUUCCCAGGCUGCACGCCGCCUGCCCGCCUCCUGGACGGCCUGGUGCGUCUGCAGCACCUGGGCUUCCUGCGAGAGCCCGUGGUGACCCCCCAGGACCUAGCAGGGCCUCGGCGAGCUGGGAGCAAGGAGAGCGUGGGCUCCCGGGACAGCCUGAGAAGAGAAGGCCGGGCGGCAGCACCCUCCCGGCCUGCCCAGGAGCGCCCUGUGGCGGCGGCGGCCCGGAAGGAGCCACCUCGGGUUGAGGCCCCCCGCAGGGCUGAGAGAGAAGCCAGGGCCCCCCGCGAGGUGAAGAGGGACCCCAAGCCGAGCGUCCCCCGGACAUCCCAGCCCCGGGCAGCCUCCACUUCGGGGAGCGUGAAGAAGGUGGGCGCCCAAGCUGCCACCAGGCCCCGCCGAGCACCCGCAAACCCCCGCCCUGGCGUCCCCCCGGCGGAGAACGGGCCCUGCAGCCCGCCCAGCUUCCGGUGCCGGGAGGCCAGCCCGCCCACCGAGGCCUGCAGCUCGCCGGCCCCCCAGCUGGCGGCCACUCCCAGUCCGGAGAGCAGCCUGGAACUGGGGCCGAGCCCAGCCGCGGAUGAUGGCGGCGCCUUGGCGGAGAAGGCCCUGGAGCUGCUUCUGGGUGCCAGCACCCCCCGGCCGCGCACACCCUCGCCUACUGGGGCCCCCCAGGGCCCAGCGGAGAGCAGCGGGCGGCUGUCACUGAGCCCGCUGCGGGGUGGGGAAGCUGCGCCCGACGCAUCGCCCACGGUGACCACGCCGUCACUGCCUGCUGAGGUUGGGUCCCCGCACUCCACAGAGGUGGACGAGUCCCUGUCCGUCUCCUUCGAGCAGGUGCUGCCGCCACCACCUGCUGCCGCGGGCGAGGCUGGGCUGAGCCUCCCGCUCCGUGGCCCACGAGUCCGGCGAUCCGCCUCCCCGCACGACGUGGACCUGUGCCUGGUGUCGCCCUGCGAGUUUGAACACCGGAAGGCUGUGCCCAUGGCGCCCGCGUCCCCAGGCAGCUCUGAGAGCAGUGCUCGGUCCCAGGAGCGGGCGGGCGCUCUGGGGGCCGAGGAGACGCCUCCCACCUCUGUCAGCGAGUCCCUGCCCACCCUGUCUGACUCAGACCCCCUCCCGGCCGCCCCUGGCAUCGCGGACUCGGACGAAGACAUGGAGGGCUUGGGGGUCCCUCGCCGCGACCCGCUGCCCGAGCCCCUCAAGUUCCCCCCACCGCUGCCCACCCCGCCCAGCAUCUGCAUGGUGGACCCCGAGGUGCUGCCUCCGGAGCAGGCCCGGCCGGCAGAGGGCCUUGGCCGCACCCGGAAGUCCCUGGUCCGCCCUAAUCCCAGCACUGCCGCCUCCAAAGCCGCCCCGGUGACCACGGCCAAAACCAAGGGACUGGCUGGCGGAGACCGGGCUGGUCGGCCCCUUGGCACCCGGAGCGAGCCCAGUGACAAGGGGGUUCGGGCACCCGUGUCCAGAAAGUCCUCGGUCCCCAAGACAACCACUCGGGGCCCAUCCGGGUCAGCGGGCAGCCGGCCAGGCGGGUCAGCAGCACCCCCCGGCUCCCCUGUCUACCUCGACCUGGCCUACCUGCCCGGCGGGCACAGCGCCCGGCUGGUGGAUGAGGAGUUCUUCCGACGCGUGCGGGCGCUCUGCUAUGUCAUCAGUGGCCAGGACCAGCGCAGGGAGGAGGGCAUGCGGGCCGUCCUGGACGCGCUGCUGGCUGGCAAGCAGCAAUGGGACCGAGACCUCCAGGUGACCCUGAUCCCCACCUUUGAUUCGGUGGCGAUGCACGAGUGGUACGAGGAGACGCAUGCGCGGCACCAGGCACUGGGCAUCACCGUGCUGGGCAGCAACAGCACCGUGUCCAUGCAAGACGAGGCCUUCCCUGCCUGCAAGGUCGAGUUCUAGCUCGGGGCCCUGACGUCCGCCCCCUCGGCCGGCACCCGCCCCAGUCCUGAGACUCACCUGCAUCAGAAAUAAACCAGGUACUCCACCCA